UCACUUCCUAUCCCCUACACACACUCUCUCUCUCUCUCACUGACCCAGGAAAAACCGAUCGAACCCUAAAUUCGUUCUCCCGUCACAAAAUCAGCGGAACGCAGUGUAUGGUUUUUGUUCUCCCUCGCAAGCUAAGGCUAUGGCUUCCGAUACUGCCUUUUCUCGCUCGAGUUCCGCCGCGGAUUCCUACAUUGGUUGCUUGAUCAGCUUGACCUCCAAGAGCGAGAUCAGAUACGAAGGUGUUCUCUACACUAUCAACACCGAUGAGUCCAGUAUUGGCCUCCGAAACGUGCGAUCUUUUGGAACUGAAGGAAGGAAAAAAGAUGGUCCACAGAUUCCUCCAAGUGACAAGUCUCAGUAUCCUCGCCCAGUCACCACCACAUCUACAAAUAUACCUCCAGUAACUGGAUCUUUGACAGAUUUUAGUUCUCAAAACACACAGCUAGGACUCCGUGGAUCAAAUUAUCAAGGACCAUUACCUUUAUAUCAACCUGGAGGGAACAUAGGAUCAUGGGGAGCUUCUCCAAAUGCCCCAAAUGCAAAUGGUGGUGGACUAGCUAUGCCACCAAUGUAUUGGCAGGGAUAUUAUGGUGCUCCAAAUGGGCUUCCUCAGUUACAACAGCAAUCUUUGCUUCGACCACCACCUGGGUUAUCAAUGCCUUCAUUUAUAUGUAUGAAUAGAUAAUCUGUUAACAAACUUGGCACAAUAAUUUUUCAAAAAGAAACAUUACUAUGAUUUAAGAAAAAAAAUAGCCAUACUUAGCACAAUACUUGAUUAACUUUAUUUAAUUAAUAUUUAAAAAAAUUAUAAAA